AUGCAGCUCGUCGAGCGCUUUUGGGCGGUGAUCAUAUCGAUUAUCAAUAUCGUAACAUUAUCACUAUUGCAAGAUGGCACUGUCAAUCAAAAUCCUCUGGAAAUCGAUCUGCCACUCGCUAGACCUUCGUCGGUCAUAACGGAUUUCAAGACUCAAGCCGGACCUAUCUUUCGGCCACCUGGAACUCCAGAGGGCUUUGAUUUCACCUGCGACUAUUCCGCGAUGGUGGGUUGGGAAUCCUGCUCAAACCCCUGGGAUCGAAAAUGCUGGCUUCGGAGAGUUUCAGAUGGAUCGCAAUAUGAUAUCUUCACAGACUAUGAGACAGAUAUGCCCAUCGAAACUACUCGAUACUACGAGCUAGAUCUAGUGGACAGCUCCUGGGAUGCCGACGGUAUCAACUUUCCAUAUGCCAAGCUCUUCAACGAUGUAUAUCCUGGGCUAUGGAUUGAAGCUUGCUGGGGAGAUCGGGUCAUCAUCAAUGUGACUAACAGCCUCAAGUCAUAUGGAACUUCAGUCCGUUGGCAUGGCAUCCGACAAAACCAGACCAUGCACAUAGACGGGGUCAAUGGCCUCAGGCAAUGCCCCAUCGCCCCGGGAGACUACUUUGUCUACAAUUUCACCGCCACCCAAUAUGGAAGUUCCUGGUAUCAUAGCCACUAUUCUGUGCAAUAUGCAGACGGAGCAGCCGGUCCAAUAACAUUGCACGGGCCAAGUUCCGCCCGCUCCGAUGAGGCCAUUAGUCCGCCAUUUAUUCUGACUGACUGGGGACACAAGACAGCAUUUGAUGCUGUCAUUACUGGGAAUCUAGACAAUUUUGACAUGCUACUCAAUGGCCAAGGCGAUGUGAAAACCUUCAACAACUCAGCAGUGUAUGACACCAAGCCAAAAGGUCCGUACAGCAUCACCUUUGACCGGCCAGUGAUAACGCUUCCAAACAAGAGGUACCUGCUUCGGAUCAUCAACACGUCGUUCACAACCACAUUUAUCUUGAGCAUCGAUAACCACAGGCUACAAGUUGUCAGUGCUGACUUUGUGCCGAUAUCCCCUUAUACCACGACCUCCGUCUUGGUCGGGAUUGGACAACGUUACAAUGUCAUCGUGGAGGCUGCUCCAGAAUUGGACCCCCUCAACCCGAUUCCCUUGCCCACAGAUGGGAACUACUGGAUCCGCACCAACAUCAGCACUUGCUUGAGCGACUCGUCGCCCGGCGAUCCGGGUUAUGACCGCACGGGGAUCCUGCGCUAUAACAGCUCAAGCCAGGCCAAACCUACCAGCCAGCAGUGGGUCGGGAUCCCGACCGCCUGCCUAGACGAAGACUAUAGCAAUUUGCAUCCCAUGGUGCCGUGGAUUGUUGGGAACCCCAGUAAUGGACCUAUAUCAGGGGAGGACUUCGAUGUGGGCACCAAAGGCGCGAAUUUCAAGACGGCAUUCUGGACUCUUGGGUCAGAAAGUGACUCGAUUCAAGUGGAUUACGAUAACAUCACCUUCUUCAAUCUCGACAACCACCAGGGCUUCAAUAACUCGUGGAGAGUCGUCUCUGAAGAUUAUAGGGGCGCCUGUAAGUGA